UUAACAAAGAUUGUCAAAAUCUGAGGAAACAGAAUCUCUUCAAAUAUCAGAAUAUUUAUUCGGAUUCUCUGAGACUACUGAACACAGCUGAUAUUCAUUCAGUCAUGGCGUCCUCUAGUGGUCCAUUAGAUGAAGAGCUUCAGUGUUCUGUGUGUCUGGAUGUGUUCAAUGAUCCAGUCACCGCUCCUUGUGGACACAACUUCUGCAAAAACUGCCUGAACAAAUGCUGGAAAAACACAAAGAACUGCGUCUGUCCAUUCUGUAAAGAAACCUUCAUGAAGAGACCUGAUCUGAAGAUCAACACCACACUCAGAGACGUCGUUCAGCACUUUAAAGAAAAGAUUCAUGAUGAUAAACCUGAUGUUUUCUGUGACAUCUGUACUGAGAAGAAAAAAGCUCUGAAGACGUGUCUGAUGUGUCAGAGUUCAACUCAUCUGGAGCCUCACACGAGAGUCUAGCGUCUGAAGAAACACACACUGAUCAAUCCUGUGAUCAAUCUGGAUGAUUAUAUAUGUCAGAAACACGAGAGACCUCUGGAGCUUUUCUGUCGAGAUGAUCACACGUGUGUUUGUGUGUUCUGUACUGAAGGAGAUCACAAGACUCACAACACUGUCUCUAUAGAGGAGGAGAGCAGACAGAGGAAGACUCAGCUGGUAAAGACACAGACAGACGUGCAGCUGAUGAUUCAGGACAGAAUCAAGAAGAUUCAAGACAUCAAACACUCAGUAGAGCUGAUGAAGAGAAAGACAGAUCAAGAGAAAGCAGACAGUGUGGAGAUGUUCAGAGAUCUCAUCCGCUCCAUUGAGAGAUGUCAGUGUGAUGCACUGAAGAUGAUGGAGGAGAAACAGGAAGGAGCAGAGAAACACGCUGAAGAUGUGAUGAAAGAUCUGGAGCAGGACAUCAGUGAACUGAAGAAGAGAAACAUUGAGCUGCAGCAGAUCAUGUCAAACACUGAAGAUCAUCUUCAUCUCAUACAGAUUUCUUCAUCUCUGUGCACACCUGUCAACAUGAAGAACUGCUCUGACAUCAGUGUUGAUACUUCUUACAGUCUGAACACUGUGACACCUCUGACUCAACUCAAACAGACUCUGGAUCACAAACUCAAUCAAACAUUGUUGAUCAUGAAGCAGCAGUUUGCAGUGGAUGUGACUCUAGAUCCUGAUACAGCUUCACCAUAUCUGAUUCUGUCUGAUGAUAGAAAACAAGUGAGACAUGGAGACAUAAAGCAAGAGCUUCCUGAUAAUCCUGAGAGAUUUGAUAAAUGUUCAUGUGUUCUGGGAAAAGAGGGAUUCUCAUCAGGGAGAUUUUAUUUUGAGGUUCAGGUCAGUGGAAAGACUGCAUGGGAUUUAGGAGUGGCCAGAGAAUCUAUUAACAGAAAGGGACGGAUCAGACUGAAACCAGUGAAUGCAUACUGGACUGUGUUGCUGAGGAAUGAGAAUAAAUACUCAUCUUGUGAUAGUCCUCUCGUCUCUCUGUCUCUGAGUGUGAGUCCACAGAAGGUGGGUGUGUUUGUGGAUUAUGAGGAGGGUUUGGUCUCUUUUUAUGAUAUGGACUCCAGCUCUCAUAUCUACUCAUUCACUGGUCAAUCCUUCACUGAAACUCUCUAUCCAUACUUCUGCCCAUGUAAUAAUGAUGGAGGUAAAAACUCAAAGCCUCUGAUCAUCUUACCUGUGCGUGAAUGAAUGAACGAGUAAAUCAUUGACUGGAUGAAUGUGAGAUUGAAUGAAUAAACAGUCCACUAAGAAUCUGAAAAGAUUAAAGUAAUAGUUGACUAAAAAUGACAUCAUCACUCACCCUCAUGUCAUUCCACUUAAAUGUGAUGUUUUAUUCAUGAAACACAAAAGACGAUUACAUGAAUCUUUAUACAGCUCUGUUCACACCACACUUGUCAAUCUCACAAAAAGGAUAAAAAUAACAUGUUCAGUUUCUACAAAUGUGAGAAUCCUCUAUUAAAAUUGCAAAAGCUAAUUUACCCAAACAAAUCAAUCUUUACGUUUUUAUAAAUAGUUCUGAAAACACCUGAUGUCUUUAAAUCUAUUAUAAUAAUUGGUUAAGAAUGUGUGGCAGGCUGUUUAGUUUAUUUUAAAUAUACAUAAUUUACUGUUAUUUGUUUUGUUAUAGACAUUAAAGAAUGAUUUAUGAGUUGAUAAACUUAAACUUAUGUAAAAAAACAGACAAACUGUAACAGUUAUGACCUGUGUGAGAUCUUUAUUGUUGACAAACAAAUGUCAUUCUUCUGAGCACAAAUAAAAAUGUGUUUUAA